CUCUUUGAAUUGAGAUGGACUGGUAGUAAUCGUCCAAGGUGGAUAAUCACUAUAUUCGCCAGUCGGCAUUACCAACAGCUACCUCAUCACACGACAUGCUCACUUUGCCAAGCGGAAGGAAGGCCCGAAUGGGUUUCAGGACCAGACCCACCUAUAACGAGGUCCCUAAGACCCCCAAGACGCCUCCCCCACCUUCGCUCCCCGAGCCCCCUCUACCACUGACAGUGGACUCGGUGCGACGGAAGGUCCUUCUUGCUCUACACGAUGUCCAACGUCAGCUCAUAGCCUUUCGUAAAACCUGGCUGAGGAAGUUGGAUACGGAUGCCUCCCCCAAAUGGCUGGAUUUCUACAAUCUAUUACUCUUUAAGUGUUCCUUAAAAACUGAUACCAAAACGGGCACGUUAAGUGUGGAGCAGUUCGCUAAUAUUCUGUACACAGAGAACCACGACAAUGAAAAAAUCCAACAACAAUUUGGAACUGAUCCGACUUUAGAAGAGCUGAAACAAACGUGUAACAGAGAUUCCGCAUUUCGUGAUUUCAGAACGCGGAUUCAAAAGAAGAUGAAGGACUCCGUGUUCUUUCAUUUAGAAAAAUGUUGCGUUAGUUUUGUCGAGGAAACGCACAGCUCGGACCUGUCGCCGGUCAAAGAAUACGAGGACGAAAUUGUCGCCUUCAAAGUCAAAUUUCACGAAACUCUUGAACAUGUGGACGCACUGAACAAAGAAUUAGAAGAGCUCCGUGCCUCCAUGCCGCUACUGCUGGAGGAAUAUGAUAAAGUUGCCCAUUACAUGGAGGGGACGAUAGAAGAAUUUCUGAACAUAUGCCAUCCCGCGAGACGACUCCUCGAGUCAGACGAAGGCUACUCCAGAAGGUUGCAAAACGAAAUCAUUCGUCUAAACUAUGAACGCUUGCGUUUUAAAGAGGAAAUCAAGCACAUAAAUAACCGCAAAGACACUGUUACAAUCAGGGCGACCAGGCGUUCGUACUCCGCAAAGCAGGCAGAAAUAAAGGUGCAAGAAAAACUGGAAGAGCAGACGACGUUUCGCAGACGACAGCUGACAGCACGGGAAAAUUUCGGAAGGCUGGAUAAUUCACUGUUGAAAAAGAAAAGAAAAUUACAAGAUUUACAAAGACAGAUUAAAGAUUAUAGGGCCAUGAUGCCGCCGAAUUCCCCAGUGUUGCGAGAGGCCAUGAAAGCAGAGAAAAUCACGUACGAAGAAGUGCAGAGCCUCCAGCGAAGAAUGGACAAAUUAAAUGGAGAAGUUAACGCGCUGAAAAACGAAAAGCUAGGCUCGUAUGUCCAACUGUUCGAAUUGGAGAGACAGUCUCAACAGCAUCGCAGUUCAGAAAAAGCUGCAUUUACCAUACUAGGCAGGCACAAACGGACCCUUAGUCAAGUACGUAGCGACCUGAAAGAUAAUGAAAGAAAAUUGCGGAUUUUACUGAAAAUAAAGGAACUCAAACAUCAACCUGAGAGCAUGGAGAAAAUGUACAAGAGACCCGAAAAAGGGGAGACCAUUGAAAUGAAAGCGUAUGACUACGUCCACGAAGCGAUCAAGUUUGUGGCUGCCGAGAUAGGUCAGGAGUGGCCGGAGCUGUAUAUGGACCUCCCCUUCAGUCCACGCAGGGACUUUCACUGCAAGGCGAGGGAUAUUGAAGUAAUAGACGCAAACACAUACGGCGUCACAGUCGGCUGGCAGGAAAAAGCCAUUAAGUCUUUGGAAAGAUGGAGACGGUUUAGCCGCCUGGCAGACGUCAACGAACUGAUUUUGACUCUGAAAAGACUCAAGAAAAUGGAUCUUGUUCGGAGACUGGAAACCCACAUGCUUAAAAUCAGUGUCAAUGGACUUUAAGAUAAAUAAUGUUUUCUAUACUGUGAAAAGGUAUGGAGUUAUGCAAAAACACGAUCGACUGUUGUCGAGUUACAUUUUUCAUUGUACAACCUCUUUAAGGCUUUUUUUUUUUGUUACGCUUAACACAAUGCAUUUCCCAAACCUUCUUGCAAACAGAUAUAAUGAUUAAUUUAGUGAUGCAAGAGAUUGCAGAAAAUUUUAAUUUGGUUUAGGUUUUUUUGGUCGUAUGGUGCUUUCAGUAUUUGAUAAAUGCAACAAGAGGUUGAGUCACACUUUGAUGUGCCACUGGGAACAACUUGUACUAUAACAGUGAAAUAUCUUUGAAAUAUAAUGAAUAUUAUUGCGAAAUUUUGGUUUGUAGCUAGGUGUUUUUUCCUAUACAGAAGAUAACAGCACCAUUGAGUCUUGUUAGAUAUGGGGUCUGAUAGCCAAACCUUGAAAAUGCUAAUGUAAAAAAUUAUCGUAAAAACUGC